UGGCCUGAGCUGGCCGGACGUCAUGCCCCAAAGGAGCUACCAGGAGUGGGCGCUGCAGGACCCCUGCCCGGGACCGCCCACUCUGCCCCGUGUUGUCUGGAAGCAGGGACUCUGGCAGUGGAGGCUACGGUAGGGAACCACAGAGACCGGCAACUUCCCAGCUUCCUAGAGAGGAGGGUGUGUGAAGCUGGGAUGCCAGCCAUGCUCCAGACCGCUUGGCGCCAGGAACCAGUGACCUUUGAGGAUGUGGCUGUGUACUUCACCCAGAAUGAAUGGACCAGCCUGGACCCUGCGCGGAGGGCCCUGUACAGGGAGGUGAUGCUGGAGAAUUAUGCAAAUGUGGCUUCCCUGGCAUUUCCAUUCACCACACCUGUUCUGGUCUCCCAGCUGGAGCAAGGGGAGCGGCCAUGCCUCGAUCCCUGGGAACCUGUGGGCAGGGAGGGUCUCAGAGGUGUCUGUCCAGGGGAUGAAAUGAGAACUGAGAAGGAAGGAUUAAGUCCAAAGGAGCAUGUGUCCAAAGAAACAGAGUCCUUCAGACUGAGUGGGGGGCUGCCAGGGACUGUUUCCCAGCACUUUAAUUUUGGGAGCGGCCUAGAGAAGCCCCGAGGUCAUUGGAUAAUUAAGACAAAGUCAAAGAGCAGACAUUUGACAGAUACCUCAGCCAGGUACCAUGAGGCCUCUGUGGUCAAGAAUGGAGAGAAGUUUGAGAAAUUAGGAAAAAAUAUCAGUGUCAGCACACAACUAACUACGAAGAAGACAGUUCCUAGUGGUCAGAUAGCUUAUGAAUGUGCGAAAUGUGGCAGAUAUUUCAUUCGAACGGCAGACUUCCACCGACAUCAGAAAUGUCACAUUGGUGAAAGGUCUUUUGAAUGCAAAGAAUGUGGAAGACUUAGAUAUAAUUCGUUACUUAUUCGGCGUCAGAUAAUUCACACUGGCAAGAAACCAUUUAAGUGUAAAGAAUGUGGAAAAGGUUUAAGUUCACACACAGCCUUGACUCAGCGUCAGAGAAUCCACACUGGAGAAAAGCCCUGUGAACGUCAGGAGUGCGGCAAGGCCUUCAGUAGCAGCUCGGUGUUCCUCCAGCACCAGAGGUUCCACACUGCGGAGAAGCUCUAUGAAUGUAAUGAAUGUUGGAAAACUUUCAGUUGCAGCUCGAGUUUCACCGUCCAUCAGCGAAUGCACACUGGGGAGAAACCGUAUGAAUGUAUACAGUGUGGAGAACGAUUAAGCUCACACACAGCCUUGACUCAGCAUCAGAGAAUCCACACUGGAGAAAAGCCCUUUGAAUGAGACUGUGGGAAGGCAUUCAAUCAGAAAAUAGCCCUGGUUCAGCACCAGCCAGUUCACACUGGUGAGAAACCUCAUGAGUAUAAAGUGUGUGGUAAAACCUUUAGCUGGUGUGGAAGAUUCAUUCUGCAUCAGAAACUACACACUCAGAAGACACCUAUCCAAGCAUAGGGCUAUCCAUAGUGAGGCACACUGUGUCUCUCCUUUUUUCUGUUUAUUAUUUUUUUUUUGAGACAGAGUCUUGCUCUUUUGCCAUGCUGGAGUGCUG